AUGUCCAAGAUCGCGUCCAGAAGAGCUCAAACAGGCCAAUAUUUCGAAGGCGAAUACGCAGGCCCUAGCUUCGCACAAUGGGAGUUCCUCGUCAGCCACCUCCAGACGCCCAAGCUCACCGCGCAAGAUUGCGUCGAGACACUCUUCGCGUACAUGGCCGUGGCCGUCAAGCACGAGUCGACAUGGAAAACGCGCAUGAUGCGCGAGGACUACUUCCCCGUUGCACGCCUCUACUACUGCGGCUUCCUGCUCAUCCACCCGCACUUCGAGGUGCCCGCCUUCUGGCAGAUGGGCAUGCACAUCCUGCACAUGCUGUCGUCGCUCAACUACUCGCCCGCGAUUGUGACGCUGUACCGCUACUUUCAGCACAUUGCCCGGCGCCGCGACCCCAAGAGCGAGACUUACCGCUACAUCCAGGGCAAGUUCCAGGACCUCAUCCGCAAGGGCGACGCCAACGCUUGCACCUUAAAGGCCGACGAAGUGUGGGACCCUGAGAAGCCCGAGAUCGCCCUGGAGUAUCUGGACAAGGCCAUGAAGGGCUACAUGCGGAAUCCGGGCAUGUACGAGGUCGAACCCGUUGUCGUUGGCGGACAAGGUGGCAAGAGUGAAAGGGUCCCGUUCCUGGUCAAGACGUUGAGCUUCCUCAGCGACAUGAAGGAGACGAUGUUGGGACUUGUGGUCCGCAAAGAGACCAGCUCGUACGCGCUGCGCAGGAGGGAGAUGCUCGAGCGCCUGUUGCCGCUGGACAAGAAGCCUGCGCGCUUGCCGCUCUGGACAUGGGAGGGCAUUUACCGCGUCAGGAGGGGGAUGGCGAUGAUGAUGAUGGGGAAAGUGACCGUAGCCGUCGAGGAGCUGCGGGUCGCCGCCGACGAGCUGGAUAUAGCGGCUGGACACUAUGCGCUGGCGAUCAUCAUGCAGCAUGAGGCGGAAAAGCUCGCUGAGUGGAUCAAGGACGGGUGCGAAGAGAGCCUUGACUUGGCGGCUGCGUUUAUGGACUUCUACAAGGAUCAAACCAUGGAGGGCAUGACUGAGGGUAUGCGACUCCUGAAUGAGGAGGCGGAGCUGCGGUUCAAAAGGGCGGCGCAGGGCGGCGAAGAGAAGGCCGCGGACAGGCUGGAGCGCCUUUGCCUGACGCGAUUGUUUGAGCCGGGGCUUUCCAAGAUGGAGAGGGACACGUAUGGGCUGGCUGCUAAGGAAUGGGCCGCGCUCGCAUGCCUCAUAAGGGAAAGAGAUCAUGUGCAUGGCGAGACGCAGAAGGAUACCGAGUCAAUUUUUGGGGGCUCGUGGCCGAAAAAAUAG